CGCAGUCGGAGAGAGGUUCAGUUAUCAUGGCAGGUCAACAAAAUCGUAUCUCUACACAGGAAAUGUUACUUUUUUGCGUGACUGUUUCCUGUGUGUUGUUUGGUUCAGCCAAUGGUCUUACAUAUGAAACGCUGUGCUUAGGCAGUAGUAUGAAAUUUCCAAUGUUAUAUUCGCCACCUUCUUUCAGAGGAAGGAUGUACUUCACUCCUAGUAGUGGGGGACCCAGGAAGGUAAUCAUGGAUAACGGGAAGUUAAAGGACGCACGCAUCAGCCUUUCCUAUCUCUCAGCUGAACUCAGACGUUUGACUGAAAGAGAUGAAGGAACUUUUUCUGUCACAUUUAGCGAUAGUGUGAUAGAUGUCAUCAGACUGAGGAUUUUGGAUUGUUCUCACAAGGUUACAGAGCAUUACGGGCAUUAUUACUCCAGUGAUGUCCCUAGUGAUGCUGAACUCCUGGAGUUCACUCGCCUUCAUAGUAAGGACCAGCCAAAGCUCCUCUGGAAUCGUACCGACGCUCAGACCAAUAGGGGAAGCAGAGUGCAGGUGGCACGUAGUGGGAGAUCAUGGGAGAUUAAUGACCUCACUCAGGCAGACAACGGCUACUACAGCUUCAGAGCAAAAGACAACUCUUCCCUAAAAGGGACACUGCUUGAAGUAAAAGGUGAUGUCAGGAAAUGAUUGAAGCUGUUUGCUUUGAGACUGCUGUGUAUCUGACUACGUAUUCUAAUAUACUCUUUAUC